AUGGCCUCACCGCUGACUUCAUCAGAAACCAGAGGAGUUGGGAUGCGGAUGAUGACGACGACUCCUGUGACGAGGAGCGUCAUAAGGAGAAACCCGCCUCCCACACUCGCAUGUGCAAAGGGAAACAGAAUUGCGAAGAGACGUGAGACCAUAGUACCUGUGAGGAAUGACACUCAAUCCAGGGACAACGGAGAGGUUCUCACCCGAGCCGGAUCCCCGCACCCUCAGCAGUCACAGACCGCACCGCCGCCUCCGUCCACGCAGCCGCCACAGACCAAUCAAGCUCACACAAAACAGCAACUACAGAAUGUGAAGAGGAAGUCAAAAUGUGUGAAGGAGUUGGAGAAACUGCAGGAGAGGAGAGAAAGGCGUCGGCUUCAGCAGCAGGAAGACAAGGAGAAGAGGGCUCAGGAGAUGGAUGUCACCAUUCCCAACUACGAGAUCAUGCACAUGAUCCGAGAUUUCCGGGACAGUCUGGUCUACCAGCCCCUGAUCGCUCCAAAUCUGAUCGAAGAGCACAGAAUUUGUGUGUGUGUGAGGAAACGUCCACUCACUAAAAAAGAGUUGGCUGCCAAGGAUUUGGAUGUCAUCACCAUUCCCAAUACAGAAAUGAUCAUGGUACAUGAACCUAAACAAAAAGUGGACCUGACGCGCUACCUGAAGAACCAGACCUUCUGCUUUGACUAUGUCUUUGAUGAAUGGUCUACCAAUGAGAUGGUCUACCGGUUUACUGCCAGACCUCUAGUGGAAACCAUUUUUGAGAGAGGCACAGCCACCUGCUUUGCCUAUGGGCAGACGGGCAGUGGAAAAACACACACCAUGGGUGGAGAUUUCCGUGGGAAAAACCAAGACUGCACAAAAGGAAUUUAUGCAUUAGCUGCUCAGGAUGUGUUUCUCAUGUUAAAAAAACCCAACUACAUGAAGUUAGAUCUCCGAGUAUACGCCACCUUCUUUGAAAUCUACAUUGGAAAGGUGUUUGACCUGCUGAAUCGUAAAGCUGAGCUGAGGGUGCUAGAGGACGGGAAACAGCAAGUACAGGUUGUGGGGCUUCAGGAGCGGGAGGUCAAUUGCACCGAGGAUAUCUUGAAACUCAUAAAGGUUGGCAACAGCUACAGAACAUCCGGGAAGACUUCGGCCAAUGCUCACUCGUCUCGCAGCCAUGCUAUAUUCCAGAUCAUUCUUCGGCGAGAGGGGGAGAUACAUGGCAAGUUCUCCCUAAUUGACCUCGCAGGAAAUGAGACGGGGGUUGGCACAUCGAGUAGAGACCGCAAGACGCGUCUGGAGGGAGCUGAGAUCAACAAAAGCCUUCUGGUGCUUAAGGAGUGUAUCAGGGCGCUUGGCCAUAACAACUACCAUACUCCGUUUCGAGCCAGUAAGCUGACCCAGGUCCUCAGAGACUCUUUCAUUGGGGAACAUUCUCGCACAUGCAUGAUUGCAACAAUCUCUCCUGCGAUGACAUGCUGCGAGAACACACUUAACACACUGCACUACGCCAACAGGGUCAAGGAGCUUUCAGUAGACCAAUACCAAGCGAUGGCAGGAGGUAGACCCAAUAUCCAUGAUGUCACUCAGCUGGAUCUUCUGGAUGAGGAGUGGCUGAGUAUCUUACCGCAGAGAGAAAAAUUUAAGGCGCAGAAUGAGGCGGAAGUGACGCCUCAGCUGUUAACCCUUGAUGAGGCCAUAUCUGAGUUAGAGGAGAUGGGGGGCUACGUCCGGAAGGAUCAUCAAGCUGUUUUCCAGGAGUCGAUCCGGUGGCUGGAGGAUGAAAAAGUGCUCCUGAACAUGACAGAGAAGCUGGAUUAUGACGUGGCGUCUUACACAACUCAACUGGAGCAGAUCCUGGACCAGAAGAUCGAAAUCCUCACUGUGUUCCGCAGGGAAGUGAAGUCGUUCCGCUCUGCACUCGAGGAGAAGAAGCAAGCUCGUAAGCUAAUCAAUCCCAAGAUGCCACUUGUUAUUUAGUUAGUGAAUGUUGACACAUGAAGGAACAGAACCACGAGGUGAUUGGCAAGACCUGGACUAUCAAGAGCCACCCUGCUUAAGUGAAGCCCCCGGGAUGAGUUUUACCGACAGUCUACCUACAUUUGAUAUUCACCAAUGUAAUGUAUUGUUUAUGCAUUUUCUCUGUUGCCACCCAGUGUCCACAAGAAGCAACAGCACAUUCCUUUCAGCUGUGUGCAGAUGGCAUCUGUCCAGGGCUAUUUGGAGGCCUCGUUAAAUUUGUUAAAUCACCUGUAUUCAUCCAUGAAAUAAGACUUGCCAAUGCCUUCAUGAC